UUCAAAGAGCAUUUGAACAAACCAAUUGCAUAUCGCGUUUGCGAUAUCAGAAGCAAAUGCCAGUUAUCAUUGGCAUCACCGUUGCCCACGAGUAGCCCUGAGAGUGACAAUUCGGAUCACCUUCCAAGUGCAACUGAAUCAGACGGUGAAUCCACUCAACAAAACGAGAGUACAUCUGGCGAAGUUGAGGAAGAGGAGCGUGCGACUGGUGAAUCUGAUGAGAAGGUGGUUGAGCCGGAAGAACAAUUAGAUGAAGGCACUACCACUGAAAAAGUUGCAUCUGAAACGGGAAAGACGACUGAACUACCUGAAGAAACGACAACUCUAUCGUUAGAAGAUCAAGAAUCCACACAGUCCUCAACAUCCGAGGCAUCUGAAGCUAGUGAGGAGGAAGGCAACGAAAAUAUUGAAGAAAAAAGUGAAAAUGCUGAAGAGGAAUCCGAAAGUGCUGAAGAAAUAAAAAUACCACAGAAAGAAUGUCCGCCAGAUCAUGAAGAUUUGAAAAUCUGUAAGAAAUAUUUCGAUGAAUAUUAUGAAAAAGUUGCUAUAUGGGCAAAGAAACAUGAUGAAAAAAUGGAGGCACAAAAUUGGAAGGUAUUUGUUCCAGUUCUUAUUCUCAUUAUUCCAGAGUCAGCCAUUAUGAAAAUUGGUCUAUGA